AUGGCUCAGGCCUAUCCACGUCAGCUUUCAAUGGAAUUUCAGACUCUACAAUCGGCAAAUAAUGGCGAUAAUAUUUUACGGAUUCUUCAAAAACUGCGGAAUACAGCAGACCGUUUCCUUCCUAAACCAAUCUGGUCUCAAGGGCGAAAUUUGGAUAGCCCUCUUUCUCUUCAAAUUAUGGAUGAAAGAGCAAAACCUAUCGAGAUUUGUUUACCUUUGCAACAUUAUGAUUUACGUCUAGAAAUUAUGGAUAUCUUACAACGUGUAAUCAGUUAUGAUAUUUAUACAUGCUACGUCAAUAGCUCCAUCGACAGCCAUAAUGAAGAUAAAGUACGACUACUACUCCAUUUCUUGUCAUUACCAUAUGAAGAUCUAGCUAUUAAAUCUAUGCAGCUGCUGUCCGUUUAUGCGGAUUUAAAACUCAUUCAAAAUCGAGAGCUAAACUUUGUUAAAAUGUUAGCUAAAGCCAUUACCCUUGAAAAAUCGGUGGAAUUUAUGCAUGCAGCGGCAACUGUUGUUAACAUUUGCUUUAAAGAUACUUUAUUAUCUCAGCAUGACCAUUUAGAAGAUCUGGCUGCGAUUGCUUGUGUUCUACUUCAAUCUAAUGAUGUUGCAAUUUCCGGUGAGAUGAUUUCAUUGUUGGUGCAAGUAUCUUCAGAAACGACAUCUAGUAAUGGGGCGUAUAUCAAAAAGUUAUUUAACCUGAUACCUAUUGGCAACAUUUUUGAAGUUCUAGCGAUAUCCGUUGCAUCUAUGGUCUUCAAUAUUAUUACUUCAAAUUCUAUUUCUCACUCUUCUCAGUUUCAUUUUGGUCGAAAAACGUUAAUAUACUUGAAAAAAAUGUUGAAAAAGCCUUCCAAUUAUACUGAAUCCCAAUUAAAGAAAUUAAUUUGGGAAAUCGGCUGGUUUGCCAAAGCUGAUCAUGCUUUAGUUCAGUUUCCUUACUUGUAUGGCAGCAUUAUUGUACAAACGAUUUUCUUUGUCAUUGGCUCUGGGAAUGAACAUCAGAUAAAAGUCUUGAUUCCAAGUUGCAAUUUAACCCAGUGUUUAUGUUCCAUAUUAUUACAUAAGAAUGUUCUUUACGAUAUUGUCCGAGUUGUAGAAGUAUUAUGGACAAUUUUAAACAAAUGCCAGGAAAUACCUGGAUUAUUGGAAUGCAAUAAUAGCAAAGAACUGAUGAAAAUGGAAAUCAUAUGCGAUUCAAUUGUUCGUAAUCCAAUUGUGCCGAGAGAGUAUGAAGAUUGCGCAAAAAAACUUGGACGAUUCAUAAAAUACAAUGCUAUUGCUCAACAUUAA